UGAAGAAAUCAAUAUGGCUGCUUGCUGUUGUUCCCACCGCCCGCGGGUUUGAAUUACAACGUCCCUUGCGUGCAACCACAGUACAGUACAGUACAUUACUCUAAUCAGGAAGACAAGAAUGAGCUUUGUACCUUCGUAGGCGCGGGAAUUCUGAGUGUACGAAACAUUUUAAGUAUGAAGAAAAACGUGUCCGUAUCUCAAGUGUACUCACACAAUUCCGAAUGGCACGGGCCUGAGUUCGUUCGAAAUGCCUUGAAACCUGGAAAGGAGAUCGACGUGGAAACAUCCAUUCAUACACUUUUGAAAAAACGAAGAACCGUUGAAGUGACUGUGGUGACUCUAGGUGGACACAAGUACAUCAUAACCUGCGACGCCAAGCGAACCACGGAAAGGACCAUCCUACCGACUGUAUUGGCGCAUGAAGGCAUCAGCGGGCCAGAACGUUUAUUGUUUGGAUUAGCUAGUCUUCGAAAAGGAGAUAUUAUUUUCCUGGAACCGGACGUGAAACUCAUAAAAUAUUUAAACGAUGGCAAGAGUGGAGAUGCACAAUCAACCCAACUUCUCACAUUGUUCGUCAGGAUGCGGGUGUAUAUUCUUCCAGAUGCAUUUGGGAUGUCUCGGCUUGUUCAUUUUCUGUACCUGCAAGCUCGUCAUGAUAUAAUGGAGGGUUCCAUCCUUCUGAGCAAAACCGCGGAUGUGUUUGAGUUGGCUUCCUUGGCUAUGCAAGCAGAAAUUGGUGAUAUUCCUGGACAGGGAGUAGACUACUUCUUACUGGCGCAUUACUUGCCUACGGAACAAACUGAAAUUCAAGCGGAAGAUGAUCUGGAACUCCGAAAACGACUGGUUGGUUAUCACGCACAGUGGCGUGGGUUAGAAAACAAGGAAGCUGAGAAGAAAUUUCUUUCCAUUGUCAACAAGAAUCCUCAAUUUGGCCAUCAAUUUUUUGUCGCUCAAGUUAAUUCGAUGUGCUACCCAAACGAGGUUGAUGUUGCUGUUAACCAAGAUGGUGUUCAGAUUUGGAACGUUGUUCAGCGGAAAAUCGAGGGAGGGGAGUUAACAGGUGCAUCGAACAGAAGUGUGCUGCCCGGAACUUGUCGCCGUCUUGGGCUUUCAUUUCCAUGGCAGAAAAUAGAGAAAGUGUCUUACGAUUCUAAACAAGUGAUGAUAAGGACCUACGUAGCCUGCGAAGGACAGGUUUGGGGAAAACCAUUGAACAAUUUUGUUGUUCCGGGCUCUUGCACAGCUGGCAAGCAUCAAUCAAAAGUUCCUGUUGUUCUCUCUCAGGAAAAUCGGAUAGUACCCCUAUUCCGAUCUAAUUCUGUUGACGGCCUAGAUGUGAAUCCAAUUGCAAGCCAGACAAAGAAUAUGCUGAAAUUUCAGAGCGAGAAUCUCGCGAAGUCAAAUUUCAACCUCUGUCAGAAUGAACGCUUAUGUGGACGCUUUGUUACGUGUGUGUCAAUUCCUGGACCAAGUCCCCGAAGUGAGACAAAUUUUGAACCCAUGCGAAGCCGCAAUAGCGCUAGUACCAGUACGGAUGCAAGCAGUAGUGCAGGGGACAGUGGCGUCGGUGAUAAUUGCGACGAAACGUUUUUUGGUGAAAUGACGAGGGAUUUUUCUCGAAUCCAUUGCGUUGUCUCAGACAGCUUGAUCGCAAACACCUCAAGAUUACCUUUGUCUGAGACUAGCGAUAGUGUAUGCGAAGAAGAUGAGACAGUUCUAGAAGUUCGGAAAAGCGUGAGCAAAAUUUUGGAGGAAACCGUACAAGAAAUUUCUGUGCUGAGUGAUGAUUUUCAAUCUUCCAAGGAACCAGUUGAGAAUGACUUCACAACUCUCAACGAAGCUAGCGCAGAUGAAAGCUCGCAAUCAGCGUGUGCCGACUGGAACUGGGAAAACGAAUCUGUCUCUCAGUCAUUUUUGGAACGCUUUAAAAAGUGUGGAGUUGGACCUGAGAGAAAAAUCAUGAACAUCAGGCUAGUCAGAGAAGAGGAUGAUCUGCGUCCGUGGGGAUUGUUGAUCAGUGAACGUGACGAUAAAGUCUUCUACGUUGCUUGCAUGCCGUACAUCAGUAUUGUGGCACAAUCUGGCUUGAUUUUGGAAGGUGACAGACUUUUGCAAAUCAAUGGAAGGAAUCUCUCUGGACUUGGAUUUUGUGAUGUUUUGGAAGCAAUUAACUCGAACAGAAAUGUCUUGGAAGUUUUAUUGUCCAGGGAGGUUUUGGAGGAGGAUAUUGUUGGGAAGGGAAGGAAAAUUGUAGAAAAUGAGUCAGUUGUACAAGAAUCUUGAUUACCGUAAUUUAUUUUGUUAUUUUCGCUUAUUUUCUGGGAGCAGUGUAGUGCUGUGAGUAUUUUAGGUUCAGUGUAUCUCAUUUUUUCACCGUACCGAGUGAGUUUUUGCGUGAAUAUGUACCUUUUUGGAAUGACAAUAAAUGUUUUUUCGAGCUGGAAA